AUGGGUAAAGAAUCCGGUUCCGGCAGCACGGGCUCCUCGAGCUCCUCGUACACCCCCUACACCAUCAACUCCAGCGGGACCAAUUCUCAGGGCAACAGCUACGACAAUCGCACCCAGCCCGGCGGGAAUGCAUAUCAUUACUCCAAUUCCAAUGGCUCUUACUACUACUCCAACGCCAACGGGUCCUCCUACUACAACAUCGGGAGUGGAUCGUCGACGUAUACUGCACCCGACGGGAACGUGUACAAGAAGUAG